AAAUAAUUCUUGUUCGUCGUGGGAUCUUCUCGAUUCUGGUCAGGUUCCUAGUUUCUAUUUUCACCGUCCACAUCCCCAAGGUCGCAUUCCCAAUAUUCCCCCGGUGGGUCUCUCUCCGCACACAACCACUCACCAUGGCCACUGUCGACCCCAAUCCCAUUCCAUUCUCCGAACCCCCGUACCUGCGCGGCCUCCCUUCCCCUUAUUACACCGAGGGUCAUCGCAAGUUCCAGAAAGCAUGCCGUGCAUUUCUUUGGGAGCACCUCCUGCAACAUGCCAUCGAAUGGGAGAAACAGGGCACCGUUCCUGAGCAUGUCUUCAAGACCUUCUGCGAGCACAACAUGCUGGUCCCCAACUUACCGGCCCCUCUCCCAGUCGACUGGUUGAAACGGUUGGGAAUUCAUGAUAUUCUGGGCGUCAAGGUGGAGGACUGGGAUUACCUGCAUACGGGCAUCUACACAGAUGAGCUCGCGCGGUCAGGUCUCUCAGGGCCUUCAGCCUCUUUAAACGCCGGAUGGGCGUAUGGAAUCUCGCCGAUUCUCAAAUAUGCUAGCCCGGAGUUGCAGGAACGCGUCCUUCCGGACCUCCUGACCGGCAAGAAGCGAGGCUGCAUCGCCAUCACGGAACCCGGUGCCGGAAGUGACGUCGCCAAUAUCGCGACGACGGCGACCAAGUCGGCGGAUGGAAAACACUAUAUCAUCAAUGGCGAAAAGAAAUGGAUCACGAACGGUAUCUGGUCCGACUACACCACCAUGGCGGUGCGGACUGGGGGCCCUGGUGCUGCGGGCCUCUCCGUCAUGGUUGUGCCCCUUAAGGGCUAUCCCGGCGUUACCAUGCGUCGUCUCACCGUCUCCGGCCAAAAGACAGGUGGCACGACCUACAUCGAACUGGACGAGGUCAAGGUGCCUGUGGAAAAUAUCAUCGGUCGCGAGGGAGAAGGCAUGCGCAUUAUCAUGACCAACUUUAACCACGAGCGUCUGACGAUCGCCGUCGGUGUCACUCGACAGGCCCGCGUCGCCCUGGCUGAGGCCUUUCGGUACUGCUUGAAGCGCGAGGCCUUCGGAAAGACACUCAUGGACCAGCCCGUGGUGCGUCACCGACUGGCGAAGGCUGGUGCCGAGCUGGAGACCAUGUGGGCCUUUGUUGAGCAACUCCUCUACCAGAUGUGUCAUCUUAGCAAGGAGGAGGCCGACCGCCAGUUGGGAGGUGUCACUGCUAUGGCCAAGGCCAAGGGAGCUAUGGUGUUGAACGAAUGCGCCCAGUGUGCGGUUCUCCUCUUCGGUGGGGCUGGAUUCACGGCUCAUUCUGGUCAGGGAGAACUGGUCGAAGCUAUCUACCGUGAGGUUCCUGGCGCCCGUAUCCCGGGUGGCUCGGAGGACGUCCUUCUCGACCUGUCGGUGCGACAGUUGGUUAAGAUCUACCGGACGCAGGAGAAGCUUUUGAAGCCGUCUAAGCUAUAAUCUUCAUGACGGCCGCGUAUUCUGUAUAGUUCC